AUGGUGGCGACAUGGCUUACCCCCGGUAAGGGCACGAAACGCCCUGCUAUGCUGCACUGGCGAGCACAUCCAAAUUACAUUCUGUUUGUGGUUGCGUUUGCAGUUUUUACGGAUAUGUUUUUAUACGGGAUGAUUGUCCCCGUGGCACCUACAGCUCUUCAGGAUAGAGUUGGGCUUGAUGCGGAUCAGCAACAAGAAUGGACGUCAAUCCUGCUAGCGCUUUACGGAGCUUCUCUCCUGGCUGCUUCUCCAUUAACCGGCUACCUAGCCGACCGAAUCCAAUCGCGCCAAUGGCCCCUGCUGUUCGGCCUCGUCGCCUUGGCUAUCUCCACCGCACUGCUCUGCAUAGGCACGAACUUAGGUCUCUGGAUCGCCGGGCGUAUUCUCCAGGGUGCUUCCACGGCUGUCGUCUGGACUGCCGGUCUCGCAUUGCUCGCUGAUACCAUGGACUCGAAGACCCUGGGGAGGGCAAUGGGGUAUGUGGGCAUGGCGAUGACAUUGGGGCUCAUGUGUGGGCCAUUAAUUGGAGGCGUGCUCUAUCAGAACGGGGGGUAUUAUAGUGUGUACGGGUUGGCGUUUGGGUUGAUCGGCAUUGAUAUCCUGGCGCGGGUGGUUAUGAUUGAAAGAAAGGAUGCGAUGCCUUGGUUCAAGGCCGAAGAAGCGGCGUUAUCAGAGGAUCAAGACCAGAGCCAGGCUCACGAGCGUUCUUCAUCCGAAAAACCACCAACCACGAACGACACCGCACCCAGAUCAAUCGCACCAACACCCGAACCAGAACCCGCAGCAACAGAAACAACAACAGCAGCAGCAGCACCAUCAACCCGCCGCUUCGGCCGCCUGCGCACACUCCUCAACUCCUCACGCCUAAUGGUCUCCAUCUGGACAUACAUGAUAGUCUCGCUGACAGUAACAUCCUUCGACAGCGUGCUCCCGCUCUUCGUCGAAUCAACAUUCCACUGGAAGCAAACCGCGCAAGGGCUAAUCUUCAUUGCCAUCUCAGUGCCCUGUUCGGUAGACCCCAUCGUCGGCUGGGUCGUUGACAAAUGGCCCUGGUCGAGUCGAUUUUUCUGCUCUGGUGCGUUGUUUGCGUCGGUGCCGGUGUUGGUUUGUAUGCGGUUUGUGGAUGAGAAUGUUAUUGGGGAUAAGGUGUUGUUGUGUACGUUGUUGGCGCUGGCGGGGCUUUGUGUUGCGUGUUUGAUGCCGCCAGUUAUGGUUGAGGUUUCGUGUGUGGUGAAUGAGAAGGAGGCUGCUGCGCCAAAUGCUUUUGGGGAGGGGGGUGCCAUGGCGUUGGCGUAUGGGGUUUUGAACUCUGCGUGGGCGGCGGGUAGUAUUAUUGGGCCUUUCUUUGCAGGGUUUAUUCGCGAUGAUGCUGGCUGGGAGACGAUGACUUGGGCGUUGUCGAUUCUUACGGGGGUGACUGGGAUCCCGGUGUUGAUGUUUUUGGGUGGGUUUAUUGGGAAGAAGAGGGCUAAGAAAGCUUCUAAUGAGGAGCAGGGACAGGAGCAGGAGCAGGAUAAGGAGCAGGCAUAG